AUGUCCUCUGCCAAUGGCGGACGGACAGUUUCAUCUGAUCAUGGACAUCCGCAACCCUCGAUAGCCCACGCCGAAGCGGAGCGCAACUUCGAAACCACGACUAUGAAUUCCGCUCAACCACGAUCAUGGCAUACCGAAUUCGUCUUCGUCUCUCGAAAAUGGAUUCAGCAACUUUUUGGCAAGAAUCCGUUCAAGAGUUCUUAUCUGGAUCUUUUCAAACUGGUCAACGAUGCACAAUCAAAAGCCAUCUUGUGGGCUGGUAUACUCUUGGCGAUAGCUGCUGGUACUCCGCUGCCCAUCAUUGGUUACAUCUUCGGGCAGAUUAUCACCUCGUUCCCCCCUCCGGAAGACGUCUUGCGCGACAGGCUAUACCAGCUUAUUGGCGUCGCUUGUGGCUAUUUCGUUGUCACGACUGGCUACGCAAUCGCUUGGGGAUUGACGGGAGAAAGAAUCUCACGCCGAUUUCGAGAAACCCUUGUUGAGCGCCUGCUCGGUCUCGAACAAGCAUACUUUGACGUCAAUGAUCCGGAUAUCACAAAUCUCUUGACUGAGAAGAUUGAAGCGAUACAGAUAGGGACAUCCGAGAAAGUUGGGAUCUUCAUCCAGUCAAUCAGCUACUUUGUCGCUGCCUUUGUCGUCGGCUUCAUUUUGAACGCCAAGCUCACUGGAAUUCUCUUUGCCGCCGUCAUACCUGUCAUGACGUUGAUCGUUGUCUUCGGGUCAUCACGAAUUGCAAAGUACACAAAAGCAGCCACCCAGUAUACAGAAGCCGCUGGAAGAAUUGCCGAGAGUGCUAUCCAUGCUGUCAAGGUUGUGCAAGCUUUUGGAAUGGCCGAGAACCUUAGCAAAGAACACUACCGCCUGCUCAGAUUAUCUGCAAGAUACGCUGUCAGAAAAUCCGUCUCUGCUGCACUCAUGCUUGGCUUGGUAUACUUCACCGCGUACAGUGCCAAUGCGCUUGCGUUCUGGGAAGGUUCACGAUUGGCCGCAGAAUCUGGCACGAACAAUGCCGGUACCGUAUAUGCCGUGGUGUUCUUGAUCAUAGAUGCAUCGUUCGUCGUUGGUCAGUUUGGACCGUUUCUAGGCUGCUUUGCUAGUGCUGCAGCUGCUGGUGAAGGUAUUUACGAGAUUCUUAACCAACCGCAAUCAGAGAUUAACGUCUACUCCGAAAGUGGACAAGAAGCCACCGAGGAUGACAUGAAAGCUGAUUUGGUGUUCCGGGAAGUUACGUUUGUUUACCCUGCGAGAACAUCAGCGCAUGCCCUGGACGGACUCAAUCUCGUUCUAAAAGCUGGACAGAUGAAUGCCAUCGUCGGUACAAGUGGUUGUGGCAAAAGCACUCUUGUGUCUUUGCUUUUACGCCUUUACGACAUAUCAUCUGGCCAAUUGACGAUAGGAAGUCAUAAUAUCAAGGACUUCAAUGUGAGAAGUCUGAGGAGAUAUACAGCAUUGGUUGAUCAAGACUCUGUUUUGUUCUCUGGCUCAGUCCUCGAAAACAUCAGUUAUGGGCUUGGUGAACAUACACUAUCAGAGGAAGAAUUAUUAGAGAGGUGCACAGAGGCUGCCAAAGCUGCUAAUCUGGACUUCAUCGACUUCUUGCCACACGGUAUCCAUACUCGUGUCGGCAACGGCGGCUACACGCAACUCUCGGGCGGGCAAACUCAGAGGAUUUGCUUGGCCAGAGCUCUAGUCAAAAGACCUUCUAUGCUUCUGCUUGAUGAGCCAACUGCAGCUCUUGACGCAAACAGCGAGGGGCUAAUCAUGAAUGCAGUAAAAGGUGUGGCUGCAACAGGCACAACAGUGGUCAUGGUAGCCCACCGGCUCUCUACUGUGUCAGACUCGCCCAACAUUGUACUCAUGGGUGCAGGCAAAGUUAUUGAGCAAGGUAACCAUGACGAACUCAUGCAACUAGGGGGCGCCUACAACAACCUCAUUCAGGCUCAACAACUCAAUGACUCGGAUGAAUCUUCUGGAGAGGUUUCCCCGGCAACCACCAGUCAGACAACGAUACAUAAAGAAUCAAAGUCUGAGAACACGUCCGCCUCCACUGGCUCUGAAACUACGAUCCCCGAGGCGAAGAAGACAGCCACACCAGCCAAGAAGGCUGGGGUGUGGAAGCUCCUUCUAAGGUGUCUCAGCUUAGCGAGAUCCGACUCCCCGCUCGUUGCUUUGGGUCUUGCUGCCUCUAUUAUAUCAGGCGGCAUCAUCCUCGGCGAAGCCAUCGUUUUCGGUAAUCUCAUUUCUGUAUUGAACGACCUAGAAAGUCCGAACUUCCGCGAUAGAGCAGACUUCUUCUCGCUCAUGUUUUUCAUCAUAGCACUGAUUGCUUUUUUUCUCCUACGCUGGUAA